UACCUCCACCAGGACCUCCAGCGUCUGGUUUGGCUUUGGGAUAUUUGACAACCUUUUAUCAACUUAGAAACUUGGAAUCGAAUCUCUUUCUGCUUUUCUUUUCUUUUCUGGAUUUUUUAUGGUUAUGUGCGGCUUUAUGAUGGAGAAUUAAAAUGGUGAGGAAGAAAAAGCUGCUGGUGUUUGAAAUUUGUGGAAGCAUGAUGUGGGAUGGAUAAACAACAACAAAACGCUACUAUGGCCUCUAAUGACCCUGACCUUCCUGACCCCUAUGGUGACCCCCAGCCCGGUGACCUCAUUGAGAUCUUCAGACCAGCCUAUCAGCACUGGGCUCUGUACCUGGGAGAUGGUUACAUCAUCAACUUAACUCCCGUUGAUGAGAACCAGGCAGCCGCCAUGUCCAGUGUGAAAUCUGUCUUCAGCCGGAAGGCAGUGGUGCGCAUGCAGCUGCUGAAGGAGGUGGUGGGAAACGACUCGUACCGUGUCAACAACAAGUACGACCACAACCACACACCCCUGCCCGUCUCUGAAAUCAUUCAGCGAGCGCAAGUCCUCAUUGGCCAAGAGGUGUCUUACGACCUGCUGGGGAGCAACUGCGAGCACUUUGUUACCCUUCUGCGCUACGGGGAGGGAGUGUCCGAGCAGGCUACACGGGCCAUUGGGGCCAUCAGUUUGGUGACGGCAGCAGCCAGUGCCUUCUCUGUCCUGGGACUGAUCAACACACGAUCCAGAAACAGACCUUUCUGACAGCUGCGUCUGUCACUGAAGGGUGUU